AAAAGAAUUGCAACAAUUGGUUGUGUCCAAAUGUCCCGUGAGAGAGACACUAAACUAAGGACACAUUUAAGUUGGAUGAUGGUCAGAGAGACUUUGGCAGAGACAUUGUGGGGAUCCUAGCAGGACAAGAGAGCAGUAGCUUAUUUCAUCAUCAUUCCUCAUGGAAAACAUCUCAGCUUUGAACCUGAACUCCACCAUCUCCUUGUGGCACCGUCCGUUGUGGUACCAGUAUGAUGCAUGUGCGGAGGCUCCUCAUUGGUUUAUCUUCUACUUCGGUGUCAAAGUAUUAAACCUGUUUGCAGGAUUCCCAUUGAACGCCCUCGUGAUGUGGCAGAUUCUGAAAAAGAAGAGCGAGGGCUCGACAUCAGACAUCUUCAUUUUCAACCUCUCUAUCCUGGAUGCCUAUUUCGGCCUCAUGACGCCAGUCGACAUGGUCAACCGGCUGUACCUCAACGAUCCCAAAAUCUGGUACUCCCAACGUUUCGCCUACGGGCUGAAAGACGUGACUCCAUUAUUUCUCACCUGUAUUUGUCUGGACAGGUACGUCGCUGUGGUCCAUCCCAUCCUAUUCACCGGGAUCCGUGACAAUCGCAUCCGAAUUGGCAUCUCCAUAGUGGUGUGGGGACUCAUCCUGGCCUAUUCGUUGACCAAAUGCAUCUUGGGCAUCCUGAGUGUGAACGAGGUCUUCAGCGGCGUCAUCCUCGCUGCCUUCUUCAUCAUGGUGUUCUGCAACCUAUCCAUCAUCUGGGUCCUCAGGAAAAGCGUUGCAGGGAAGGAAGUCAUGAACCCGGUGAAGAAGAGGGCCUUCAAAAUGGUGACUAUCGUCCUUGCCAUCAUCGUGGUGAACUAUCUGCCUCCGGUGGCUCUGUUGCCAUUUGCAUCCACCUACUCGUUUGUGACGCUCCACUGUAAGGUUCUUCUCGCCGUGUUCUCCAUCAUGGACUUGAGCUGCACAAUCGAGCCGUUGCUGUAUAUCUCUAAGAUGGAGAGAUCCGAGCUCUGUCCCUGCCUGCAGAGUCCCUCCAAGAACCCCAUCAAUGUUAGCGUCUGA